AGUUCGACUCAGCCUACAAAAGGACCAAUGGGAACGAAGCUUCAAGCUUACUGGUUCUUUGGUAUCUGAACAAACGCAGAAACCAUGGCUAGCUAGCUACCCUGGCCUUCAAUCUCCUUCCUACUCUCUCGUUUAGGGUUCCUCAGAACAGAACAAAUCAAAACAAACAACGGCACUCCCAACCUCACAACCAAGGCUUACUUGAACCCUUGUUUCUCAGUUAUUUAUCUUCACAUUUUCACAUUUCUUGUCCGAAAAAGAUUGAGUUUUUUUUUCUUUUUUUCUUUUGUUGGUAAUCGGAAGUAUGCCCUCUGAGGAUUCGAAGACCGUAAUGAAGAAAGAGGAAAUGGAAUGCAAAGAAGACGAUGACGACGAAAUAUGCUUGAGCUCGAUGGGCUUCAAAAAGAGAAAACCCGUUAGCAGUAACAAUGGAACUUGUGCUGUCAAACCCCAAGAUAAAGUGAAGAAAGAUGUUCCCCACUCUUAUGGUUCUGAUAAAUCAAUUAGGGUUACAAAGAAAGAGAAUGUGGAGGAGAAGGAGGAGGACGAUGGCGAUGGCGAGCUUUGUUUGAAUAGGGUUAUAAAGGGAGCUAAAGUGACUAAGGAAAAGAAUGUCGAGGAGAAGGACGAGGACGACGACGACGACGACGACGACUAUGACGAUGAAGAGAAGCCUCUCAGGAGGGUCUCCACCAAUAAGCCUGAUAAGGAUUUGAAGAAGAAGAAGAAGAAGGUGACGAUGGCUAAUACGGACCAGAAGAAGAAAGUGACAGUGGAUAAUACGGACCUGAAGAAGAAAGUGAAGAAGGUUUAUGAUUUGCCUGGUCAGAAGCGAGACCCUCCUGAGGAGAGGGACCCGUUGAGGAUUUUUUAUGAAACUCUGUUCAAACAAAAUCCUAAUAGCGAAAUGGCACUGUUCUGGAUGAUGGAGUCUGGCUUGCUUUCAAAAGAGGAGGCUAAGAAAGCUUUUGAGAAGAAGCAAAACAAAACUCAGCACCAAAAGACUAGCUCCCAAACAAAACCUACUAAGAAUACUGGAUCUGCUGCUGGUAAUGUGACUAAAAAGACCCCAAUCUCUUCCAUUAAGAAGAAGGAAACAGAACCUAAAGCUCCUCCGAAGCAAACAAAGAAGCGGAAGAUUGGAAACGGAAGCUCAGAUGACACUUCCGAUGAUGAUUUCAUUGUUAACAGGUCGAUGAAGAAAAAGUGAGCAGCAUAACUAUGUGUGCUUCUCAUGAACCUAUUCAAUUCCAACAUUAAAAUUAUUUUACUUGUCAAAUAGUGGUAUUUUAGAUCAUGAUUUGGCUCUAACUAAAUCUUCAGUUCCUCUCAUUUUAUGUAUCUUGACACUUUGACAGAGGUUAUUCCACCUUUAAUUGAGAUUUAUUAACAACUACUGGCAAAAAAAAACUUUCCUUUUAGUGUUUGAAGUAGCUAUAUCAUGUAUGUCUAAUGUAUGUCAUCCCUAGCCAAAUGUUUCUAAGGCUUGGUAAUCUAAUUAAAUGAGUACCCUUUUUUUUUUUUU